AUGGGAAAGUCAACAAAGGAACAAAAGCAGGAAGUGAACUUCACACCUCCAUUGUCAUAUCCUCAAAGGUUCAGCAAAGAGACUAAGGAUCAACACUUCCCAAAAUUUCUUGAAGUCUUCAAGAAGUUGGAGAUCAAUAUCCCCUUAGCCGAAGCACUUAAGCAGAUGCCCCUGUAUGCUAAGUUCUUGAAAGAACUUAUCAACAAGAAGAGGAGUUGGCAGGAAAAGGAGACUAUACUUCUCACUGAAGAAUGUAGUGCUGUGAUUCAAGGAUGUAUUCCACCAAAGCUCACAGAUCCAGGGAGCUUUGUAGUUUCAUGCACCAUAGGCAAAAUGACCUUAGAUAAAGCUCUCUGUGACCUUGGUGCUAGCAUUAAUCUGAUGCCGUUAUCAAUGAUAAAAAAACUUGCCAUAGAAGAACUCAAACCCACCAGGAUGUCUCUGGUGAUGGCUGACAGAUCAAUCAAGACACCCAAUGGCAUUGUGGAAAACUUGUUAGUCAAGGUUGGGGAGUUUAUCUUUCCUGCACACUUUGUAAUUCUGGAUACAGGGGAGGAAGGAAAUAAUUCAAUCAUCUUGGGAAGACCAUUUUUAGCCACUGCCAGAGCUAUUAUUGAUGUAGAGAAGGGGGAGAUGAUUUUCAGGGUGCAUAAUGAACAAAUGGUCAUCAAUGUUUUCAAAUCAAUGCAACACCCCCCUGAACAAGAAAACUACAUGAAGGUGGAUAUGAUAGAAAGUCUGGUGGUGGAAAUGUUAGAAGCCACUUGUCAUGAGCAACAGGAAGAAAAAGUGGCAGAAUUCUCCAGUGAAGACAAGGAGAAAGAGAAGCCAAAACAGGAGUUGAAGCCUCUGCCCCAUCACCUCAAGUACGUGUUCCUAGGAGAAGGGGAGACCUUACCCGUAAUCAUCAACUCCUCCUUGAAUAUGGAAGAAGAAACAAGGUUGAUUGCAGUGUUGAAAACUCACAAAGCAGCUUUGGGAUGGACAAUUGACGAUAUCAAAGGCAUUAGCCCAACUAUUUGUAUGCAUAAGAUUUUGUUGGAAGAAGAAUCAAAGCCUGUGGUUCAACCCCAAAGAAGGCUCAACCCAGCUAUGAAAGAGGUAGUUCAAAAAGAAGUAAUGAAGUUAUGGAAUGCUGGAAUAAUCUUCCCAAUCUCUUGCAGCUCAUGGGUGAGCCUGGUUCAAGUUGUACCGAAGAAAAGAGGAAUGACGGUCAUCACCAAUGAGAAGAAUGAGUUAAUUCCUACUAGAACAGUGACUGGGUGGAGGAUGUGCAUAGACUAUAGAAGAUUGAAUGAUGCCACAAGGAAAGAUCAUUUUCCUCUCCCAUUCAUUGAUCAGAUGCUGGAAAGAUUGGCCGGCCAUGCCUAUUAUUGCUUCUUGGAUGGGUAUUCUAGAAGGUUUAUCAAAGAUUUCUCAAAAAUAGCAAAGCCGUUGAGCAAUUUGCUAGUGAUUGACAACCCUUUCAUCUUUGAUGGCAACUGUAAGCAUGCCUUUGAAACCUUAAAGAGAAAACUCAUCACAGCACCAAUCAUCACACCCCCUAAUUGGAACUUACCUUUUGAACUUAUGUGUGAUGCAAGUGACCUUGCUAUUGGUGCUGUGCUGGGACAAAUAAAAGAUAAGUUGCACCAUGUCAUAUAUUAUGCCAGCAAAGUGUUAAAUGAAACACAGAAAAAUUAUACCACCACCGAGAAAGAACUUUUGGCAAUUGUUUAUGCAUUUGAUAAGUUUAGGCAAUACUUGAUUGGCUCAAAAGUUAUAGUGUACACUGACCAUGCCGCUUGA